CGGGUCUUGUAUACUCAUCACCGCCAUCUUCAGUACAGGUCGAUAUAUGCUGAAGUCUUCGCUAGACUCAAAAGCUCAGGCAAUACAAGCUUCCAAUCCAGGUUACACCACGCUGCUUGCAUUGGUUGGUUGACUGACAUCACCCUCACCUCAGCCAUGAGUGGCUUACAUUGGCCAAGGGUUGACUCGGCCUGGAAAGAGGCUCAACAUACCCAGUCUCUCAUUCAAUAAUACGUAGACUUUCCCAGAUUGAGCAUGCUUCUUCGUCGAAAAGGCCUUCUCCACCACCUUUCUUGCCGCUCAGGAACAUGCGUCGCCUGUCGUACAGGUAAAUGAAUCGACGUCUGGGGCGUCGCAGUCUUCAGGAGAAUAAGUAUUACAGAGUUACAUCGACAUUCAACUAAGCCAAGGUAUAACCCUCUCUUUCCUUUGGACGGCGCUGUUUCAGCAGUCAACGGUCUUCCCACCACUAGGCAAUAUGGCCAUCUCAGCAGACCUACUUUUCAAUGUUGUUUUUUUUCUUCAGUGCCUCAUUACCAUCAUCCUCCUGGUCCGGACGCCGAAGGGCUCCAUUCUACGUUGGAUAUGCCUUCCUUCGCUAGUGUACAUGGCCUAUCUAGAAGGCGUUCUCAUGAAGAUCUCCAACCACGGUGGCUUUUUCAAAGCCACGGCUGGCGGUCUGCCGUUCACCACGAUCAUUCAAUUGAUCAACCUUCUUCUGGUUACCAGCAUUGACUUUACAGAGCAGCCGGGUACACCCAAGGGCAAACUAGUAUCGGCAUUUUUUAUACUCCAGACCCUUCGUGGAAUCGGCACUCAAUGGCAGGCGAAAAAUGUUCCUGAAUUUCCAUUGGUGUUCAAAAGAAACCCACCUAGCCGAGCCCAGUUUAUACGAAGGCAGAUGGCAAUCGUAAUGGGGGAGGCCCUUACCCUGGUUCUUGUGCUCAUGUUAUUUGUGCCGUACAUCAAGUCGGAUCAUAAUGGGGCCUACCUUUACGGACCAGGACGCGAGUUUUUGUACGCAGAUUCUAGCAUUGAACAGUUGCUAGCACGGGUCAAAGCGGCAUUCGUUUUCGGUCUUCCAGGAUUGAUGGUCUUCCUGGACUCCACAUACCGAGUGGGAUCUGUUCUCGCUAUCGGGGCGGGCAUAUCGAAGGUUGAUUCAUGGCCUCCAGUAUUUGGGUGUCUCCGGGAGUCAUAUACUGUUCGCAGAUUCUGGGGCAAAUUCUGGCAUCAGUAUCUCCGGUGGUCUUACACCAGCGUCUCAACAGCAAUCACCUGUCGUAUCCUCCGCCUUCCCAAGCCCUCCCUAAUUGAACGAUACACAAACUUAACCACGGUCUUCGCCCUCUCUGCAGCAAUGCAUGUGGUCGUUAACAUUAUCGGCGGGAUCGAAGGGGGAAACACCGGCACUGUGCUCUUCUUCCUCUCGCAGGUUGGUGCCAUAGCCUUUGAGGAUAAUGUGCAACAUUGCUGGGCAGUCUUUCUACAGGGGAAGAAAAUUAAUGCAACGGAAACACCACUAUGGCAGCGAUGUGUUGGUUUCAUGUGGGUAUUUUGUUGGCUAAGCGCAACGUUCCCAUGGUGGUGGUACCCUAUUAUCCGGGCACUGGAAGCAUGUGACUGGUCUGAGAUGUUGGAUGUCGUUCAGGGUCUGGGACUGACUAAGUCCAAUCUUUCUGCCUUGGUGGUAGGGGGUGGGGUCUUUUUGCGAAUCGCCUUUGGAGCCGAGAUCUAA